GCGAAUGAAGAGGUAAUAGAACACAGUAUCGUUGUGUUAGGCGCGCGCACUACAGUGCGCGGGCCACCUUGAUAAAGUGACAGUGAACAAUCGUGUGUUUCUGCAAAAUGGCGUAUUUUUGAUAGAGGUGGUGAAGUGUAAUUUAAGAAGGAAGAAGAAGUAAGGAGGGGUGUUAGUGCGGGCCCGCCCACGUGACGGGCCCGCCACCGCUGUUUUCCGUUGCCAACGUAAGAUACAUAAAUUACGUUGAAAAAUGGAGCAGUUUGAAUCACUGCUGACAUGCUGCGUGUGUCUAGACCGAUAUCGGAAUCCAAAACUACUGCCAUGCCAGCACAGCUUCUGUAUGGAGCCGUGCAUGGACGGCCUUGUGGACUAUGUGCGACGACAGGUUAAAUGUCCAGAAUGCCGAGCAGAACACCGCAUCCCAUACCAGGGAGUCCAAGGCUUCCCCACAAAUGUCACCCUACAGCGGUUCCUAGAACUGCACGCUCAAAUAGCUGGAGAAUUACCAGAUCCCACAGCAGGGCAGGUCAUGGAAAGAUGCAAUGUUUGCUCAGAAAAAGCGUACUGUGCUCCUUGUGCCCAUUGCGAAAAGAAAGUCUGCGAUGACUGCAAAUCUGCUCACAUGGAAGUUCUCCGUAGGGAAAUCACUAGGAUUAAUAAUCAAAUUCGACGCGGUGUAAAUAGGCUUCAAGAUAUACUUGGUAUAGUUGAACGUAAUACGUCGAAUCUACAAACGAAUUGUGCUGCAGUAGCCGGUGAAGUUGAUGAAAUACACAAAAGGCUGGCUAAAGCGCUUAAAGAUCGAACAGAUUUUCUACGAAAUGAAAUCGACCGCUAUUUAGCCACAGAACUUAGAAACUUAACUCACCUCAAAGAUAAUUUAGAAUUAGAAUUAAGUAACAUACAAAGUAAUUGUGAUCUCGCCGAUAAAUAUAUGAAUGAUGAUGUCGAAUGGGAAGAUACUGAACUUGUCGAUACUAAAGAAAUCUUCCUUAAGACUGUUGAAUUUUUAAGAAACUUCGACUAUGAAGGCGGAGAUUAUAGCCGUAGAAUAAGGUUUAUUAUGACGCAUGAUCCAAACCAACUUGUCAUGCACGUGGCCAGCUAUGGUGAACUGAAUAUGAAUCAGCCCGGUCAUGCAAGCAGUUAUUCAAGCUUACAGCCAUCGCAAGGUUUGACUAGGUCGAAGAGUGACCAUCGCCUCGCUACUCAAUUCCGUCAACAAGAAGAAACAAAGAAUUAUUAUGAGAAUGAUGAACCAAUUCUUGGUGGAAGAAAGUUUGGAGAGCGUCGGCCCCCGCCACCUGAAAGACAUACAAGAGACUACGGUGCUGCUGAUGAUUACAGCGGCUAUGAAUCUGAACAUCGACCAUCCCGCAGAUUUAGGUCUCGCUUUGUAAGAAGUCAUCAACAAGAUAAUGACUCUGAUACAGAACAAACAGCACGAAGUGCAAAGGCUGAACAGAAAGAAAAGGAGAAGGAGAAAGUAGCUGAUACAGAAGACGCAACUCGUGGGCCACUGAGUGGAAUAUUUAGGUUGAGUGAUUGCCCGCGAGUCAUGCAACGGAUAUUAGACGUAGAGAGCGGUAAAAAAAAGGAGAAGAAAGAACCACCACCUCCGCCGAAACCUGUUCAACCAGCACCUCAACCUCAACGUCGACCACCGCCUGCGAGACAACAGAGUGAAGAUGAUGAAAUAUCGCGCCUUAAAAGACAAAACAAAGGCGCUGCAUCUUCUCAGGAACCAGACAGGUCGACUCAACGUGCUGCGGAAGAGGAGAGAAACUCUAUUACUCGUAAGCCGCCAACACCAGCCCGGGAGGCAUCCAGCGAUGGUGAAUCAGAUGAAUCUCUCGGUACACUACAACGAAAUCAACGUAAGAAUACAGCACCGGUAACCAAACCUGCAGCAGUAACACGUAGACCUUCAGCAUCAGAGGCUCCAACUGCGCAUCGAGUACCAGCACGAGCCGCUAGUACUGAAUCUAGUGCAUCUACAGAAAGCUCCGGCUCGGCGGUUAAACACACAGGUGCGAUAUUAACAAUCGCAGAGUUAAAAGCAAAAUAUAGCACAGAUGGAUUGCCACCAAAACCAAGCAACCGUUUUUUGUCCGCAGGCAAUGAAAGAACAACACCGGCAACCACAAAUGGAACGGUCAGCGGCGCUCAGCGAGUCCAAAGCAGAUUUGUAGGAUCUCAGCGACCAACGCCUGCUCCAGCACCCGCCGAGCCGGCUCAGGAAGACUCUGACACAAGCUCCGAGGAGGAGACAGAUUCGUCAGAGGAGAGUGAAGAGGAGCCUGCCCCGCAAAGGAAGCCCGAGAGUCAAGCGAUGGCACGAAGUGAUAUAGGUCCACUACUUGCACGCAGUACUAAUGCCCGUAACGAUGCGCAAGACAAUAAAAGUAAAGACACCACUCCCACACAGUCACGUUACCGUACACGACCACAACCAGCUGAAGAGGAAACACCUCGUUAUGGAAGUAGUUCUUCCACCUACAGUAACCGAUACGGUAGUAAACCAAAAGAAGAGGAGACGACGUCUUCAUUCGAUGACGAUUCGAAAUAUCCUACAGCUCGAUCUAGGUAUUUAGCAUUGAAAGAAAGACGCAAUCGUCUAGCGAGGAGUAAAAGUAGUCACAGUGGCUUUGGUGUAGGUGAUGAUGAUGACCCAGAUGAACCCGUGUCACCGACAACUGCGUCUCCCUCUGCAUAUCUCGCGGCUCGAUACGGCUCCGGCACUGGCGGUUCAGAGUUGUCUCGAAGCCGGUCAUCGCACGCGCUAAAGUCCAGAGAAAGCUCCCCUGAACGACCGGUCACCGGUGAGAAGGAUGGAGCUGCCUUGAGCUCAUGGGCGCGGUACUUGAAAAGUAAAUACGGGUCCCGAGGAAAAGACCGUGACACCGGAACAUCAUCGAGCGCAUCGCGUCGCCUGUCUCUCGGGCUACCUUUACGCUCAGCAAAUGAGCUUGCCAGUUCUGAUGACGAUUCAAAAAACGCGGCAGGCUCCCCCAUCUCCCCUACGGCGGCUACAGCAGCGGUAGCAGGUUUCGCAGCAGCAGGUUCCUCCCCUAGGAGCCAGUAUCUGCAGAAACGCCGUUUACAAUUCAGCGUGGGGAGUCGGGGGAGCGAACCCGGAUACUUUACUUGGCCUCGUGGUAUCGCUGUAGGGCCCGACAACACUAUGGUCGUGGCUGAUUCAUCUAACCAUCGAGUACAGGUGUUUGAUUCCAACGGUAUAUUCGUGAAGGAGUUCGGUCAGUACGGCAGCGCGGAGGGCGAAUUCGACUGCCUGGCCGGAGUCGCUGUCAACCGAAUAGGACAGUACAUUAUUGCUGACCGAUACAAUCAUCGCAUUCAGGUCUUUGAUCCAGCUGGCCGCUUCUUAAGAUCUUUCGGCAGCCAGGGUACGGGAGACGGCAAAUUUAACUACCCGUGGGGUAUCACCACGGAUGCUCUCGGAUUCAUUUACGUUUGUGAUAAGGAAAACCAUAGAGUACAGGUAUUCCAAUCCGACGGCACAUUUGUGGGCAAGUUCGGCUCGUUCGGCUCCAAGCUGGGCCAGCUGGAGCACCCGCACUACAUAGCCGUCUCUAGCACCAACAGGGUGCUUGUCUCCGACUCGAACAAUCACAGGAUCCAGGUGUUCGACGUGAAUGGUCGGGUGCUGUCGUCAUUCGGCGAGGAGGGCUCUGAAGAUGGCCAGUUCAAGUUCCCAAGGGGCGUUGCCGUUGACGACCAAGGCUACAUCGUGGUCGCAGAUUCCGGGAACAACAGGAUACAGAUAUUCCACCCCGACGGGAACUUCCUCAGGGCGUUCGGAUCCUGGGGAUCCGGAGACGGGGAGUUCAAAGGCCUUGAGGGCAUCGCUGUCAUGUCCAAUGGAAACAUCAUCGUAUGCGAUCGGGAGAAUCACAGAGUGCAAGUUUUUUAAAGAUUCACCGAACUCUAUAUUCAAGAUUACAGGCAGUCGUCUAACGUGUUUAUAUGCUUUGUAAAUAAUGGUCCAAGACCUUAUUUCGUCUUUUUCAAGCCUUGUUGUGCCGUCCUUUUUAAUGUCAUAUGUUUUCAUCUUAUUAUGUUUUAAUCUAACGCUUCCUAUGGGCUCUUACUUUAUAGUAUUAUGAUAGAUAUUUCAAAUUCACUACCGACAGAUUUAAUUACAUUCUAAAUGCUUCGUAAUUUGCUAAUCUUGUCAACGCUAUUUCUCUUUUACUCUUUCAAUAUUUGUCGUAAGCGAAAAUGACAAAACAAGGAUUCGUUACAGCAAGUAAUAAAGUUAAGUAAAAGGGAAAACUUAAAUUUAUAUUGAAUCUGGCAGCUUUGCGAAAUUCAAUUAGUCCAAUAUAAUUUAUUUAUCUGCCAUUCUAUGUUAUUAUUUUGUUAUUUCAUUAUUUCGUACAAUAUACAACUUGACAUCCACAUUUCUUCUGCGCUUAGGAUUAUCAUAAUUGCUUUCCUAAUCUUGUAGCUGGAACGGGUCGAUAAUAGGAGCAUUUACCCUAUAGAAUAGAAUGGAAAAAUUUAUUAACAUUACAGACUGCAUCGGUUUUAGCCAGUUUCUCUUUGAGCAAACAUAAAAUUUUAUUGUAAU